AUGAAUCAUUCUUCCCAAGACACUGACUCUCGUGAUAUGCAUGAAGAUGGAAAGCUUUAUGUUGUGGAUUCCAUAAAUGACUUAAACAAGCUAAACCUCUGUCCAACAGGAUCACAGCAUCUGUUCCCUCUAGAGGAGAAAAUUCCAGUCCUUGGCACAAACUCAGGAAAUGGAAGCUGGAGUUUGUAUUUUUUUGGGCUGCUAAUAGUGCUGAUUGUCAGCCUGGCAUUGGUGUUUUUUGUGAUAUUCCUCAUAAUUCAAACAGGAAACAAGAUGGAUGAUGUGUCAAGAAGACUAACCGCUGAGGGAAAGGACAUAGAUGAUCUUAAGAAAAUCAACAACAUGAUUGUAAAGCAACUCAACCAGCUGAACUCUGAACAGAACUAG